AUGAGAUGUAGUAGACCAGGUCCCAAAACUAAUAACCCUUUCCUGAACUUUAUGCGAGUAUUCAGACGAAAAUAUUGUGGUAAACCAAUGUCUGAAUUAGCUAUAGAAGGUGCUAAAUGUUGGUGUCAAAUGACUCCCGACCAAAAAAGGAGAUUUUAUAGAGAAGCUUGUUCAAAAAUUAAAAAGAAAAGAUCCAGAUCCAAAUCAAGAUCAAAAUCAAGGAAAAGUAGACGAUGUGGAGGAAGAAGUCGUAAAAGUAAACGACGUAAAAGUAGACGUCCGAAAAGAAGCAAAAAAGGUAGCCGCUGUCUUUAA